AUGGCCCCAACUGUCGCACCCUAUGGAGAGUGGAAGUCGCCGAUCGACGUAACGUUCAUCACCUCAUCCACCGCAACGCAAUCCAACUUGCGCAAGAACGAAACCACAGGAGAUCUCUUCUGGGCCGAGAUCAACAAGGACACCAACGGCCGUCAAACCAUCCAACACCGCUCUAACGCCACCGGUAUCACCACCGAACUCACCCCAGAGCCGUUCAUCGCCCGUACACGCGUCCACGAGUACGGCGGAGCCGUUUUCUCCCUCGGUUCUGAUUUCGUCGUCUCGUCUAACGAUGCUGAUUGCCGGCUGUACAAGAUUGAUGUCGCCACCAAGGAGGCCACCCCACUCACGCCCGAGAAUAAGGAUUGGAGAUAUGCAGAUGUGGAGGUUCACCCUUCGGAAAAGUUCUUGAUCUGUGUCCGCGAGGAUCAUACGGUCGAUACCCCCCAGACGGUUGUUAACACGUUGGUCAUUGUGCGUUUGGAUACCAAGGAACCCAAUGUCGAGGUUUUGGUCGAGGGAGCAGAUUUUUAUUCUGCCCCACGAUUUAACCCUAUCCAGCCUACCGAGUUUGCGUACUAUUCCUGGAACCAUCCCUUCAUGACUUGGGAUCAUACCCAGUUGUACUAUGGACAUCUCGAGAUCUCGGGAGAGAAGGUCAAGGUGGCGUCGCAGAUACUGCUGGGAGGCGCAGAUAAGACCCAGGAGGAGAGUAUUAACCAGCCUCGGUUUGCGGCGGAUGGGACGCUGUACUUUAUUAAUGACAAGACUGGGUUCUGGAACUUGUACAGCUAUAAGGCUGGUAAAGAGGUUCAGCUUGUUCUUCAGGAGCCUCUCCAGGCCGAGUUCCAGGGUCCUGCUUGGGUCUUUGGCGCCAGAUCUUACUACCCUUUGAAGUCGGACCCCACCAAGAUUGCUGCCAGCUACAUCAAGGAUGGUUUGAGCCAUUUGGCGAUCAUUGACACCAAGACUAAGACGUUGAAGGAAGUCCCUCUCGACUUUCAGGUCAUCACCUCCGUCUAUGCCUCGACCAGCGGCCAGGAUGAUACUCUUCUUUUGGGCGUCGGAAGCUACAACGUCCCCUUUCAGACCAUCAACUACAACCUCCGUACCAACCAGUACGACAUCAUUAUGAAGUCGAGUGCCGCCGAGGUCCCCAACGGCUUUGUCUCCAACCCCGAGCCAUUGACCUUCAAGACCACCGGCAACCUGGACGCCUAUGCUUUGUACUACCCUCCCACCAACGCCGACUAUGUCGCCCCCGAGGGUACUCUUCCCCCUCUCCGCGUCUUGUCCCAUGGUGGACCCACCGGCGCCUUUGAGUCGAACCUGAACUGGAACAUCAACUACUUCACCUCUCGCGGAUUCGGUGUUGUCGCCGUCAACUAUGGAGGUUCGACUAACUACGGUCGCGAGUACCGCAGCCGUCUCCGCACCAAGUGGGGAAUUGUCGAUGUCGACGACUGCUGCAACGCCGCGACGUACUUGGUUCAGAGGGGCGAUGUCGACCCCGAAAAGUUGGCGAUUGUUGGAGGCAGUGCUGGAGGAUACUCGACUCUGGCCUGCUUGGCGUUCAAGGAUGUGUUCAAGGCCGGAGUGAGUCAUUACGGUAUUGGCGACCUGGAAACGUUGGCCAAGGAUACUCACAAAUUUGAGUUGUUGUACCCCGAGUCCCUGAUUGGACCUUACCCCGCGGCCAAGGCUCUGUAUCGCGAGCGGUCGCCUCUGUACUCUGCCGACAAGAUCACCUGCGCCUGUGCGUUCUUCCAGGGCGCCAAGGAUAAGGUUGUCCCUCCUAACCAGGCCGAGAUGAUGGUCUCGGCCUUGAAGGAGCGCGGUCUCCCUGUUGCUUACGUUCUCUUUGAAGAGGAGGCCCACGGUUUCCGUAUUCCCAAGAACGUCAAGGCAGCGUUGCAGGGCGAGGUCACCUUCUUGGGCAGGAUCUUUGGUUUCACGCCCUUUGACGCCGUUCCCAUCGACAUCAUCAACGAGGAUGCCAUCGGAAAGUAA